CUGGAAGAAAAUAACUUUAUUUUACAGUGUGGUAUAUUUAAAGGGACUGAGCGGAGUCACUGGGAGUGUCGGGCCUUAUCCAGAGCCUGAGAAGUCACGAGGGCUCAGAGCUACCUCUGGAACAUACUAGCCCCAAAAGCACAACUGUAGGCCUUUUCCUUCUGGCUGUCCAAAGUGCCCUGCAGAGAUGUGAAUGCCAGCCAUUGGGAGGGUUAACUGAAUAGUAGGUUGCCCUUGAAUUUGGUUUUGCCCUUGGUGAAAGUCACAGGCAACAGUAACUAAUCAUUUGAAGGCUCCAAGUAAACAAGAGCAAUCCUAAUGGUCUGUGACCCAUCCAGUUACUGUCCCAGUCAUUUUUGUUAUUUUGUACCUGUGACCCCAGGAUACCAUGGACUCAAGGCCAGCGAGAAAGCUGUUCACAUUAAGGAAAGAAGUCUUCCGUGAGGGUCCCUUCUCCCACACUCCACCUGCUGGCACUCCUGGAGUCCCCUCGUUUUUAUUUCAGAAGACAGAAGAAAGGGACAAGUUUUCCACACACCCAGGGGUGCUCCAAAGAGAUGCUGCCCACCCCCAGUGCUGCUUUUGAAGCUCGUCCAAGACUUCUUGUGCCUCCCCCCGUCCCUCCCCUUCCUGCUGUUUUGAGGUUAUGUGCACUGGGGAGUUCCAUGGCAGGAAGGCAGGGUUUUAUUUACACUGUGGGGGUUCCCUAUUCGCACCGUGUCCCUGUCCAGCCUGCAACUCCAGGGUCCAGUCCAAUCCCUGUCGUCUGACCAUGAGGAUUUGGUGGCUCCUGUUGGUUAUGGGCACAUGUGCAAGGAGUGUGUACUCCCAGGACACCUGCCGGCAGGGGCACUCUGGCAUCCCUGGGAAUCCAGGUCACAAUGGCCUACCGGGAAGAGAUGGACGAGAUGGUUCCAAGGGUGACAAAGGAGACACAGGAGAACCAGGACAUCCCGGUGGCCCAGGGAAGGAUGGAAUUCGUGGGGAGAAAGGAGAACCAGGAGCAGAUGGAAGAGUUGAAGCAAAAGGCAUCAAAGGAGAUCCAGGCUCCAGAGGAUCCCCAGGGAAGCAUGGCCCAAAGGGCUCCACUGGUCCUACAGGAGAGCAAGGGCUGCCAGGAGAGACUGGCCCUCAGGGGCAGAAGGGAGAUAAAGGCGAUGUGGGCCCCACUGGUCCAGAAGGACUAAUGGGCAGUACUGGUCCUUUGGGCCCCAAGGGCUUACCUGGCCCAGUGGGUCCCAUUGGCAAACCAGGUCCUAGAGGUGAAGCUGGACCCAUGGGCCCCCAGGGGGAGCCAGGAGUCAGAGGAAUAAGAGGCUGGAAAGGCGAUCGAGGAGAGAAAGGGAAGGUCGGUGAGGCUCCCAUCUUGCCCAAGAGUGCUUUCACUGUGGGGCUCACGGUGAUCAGCAAGUUCCCGCCUCCUGAUGCACCCAUCAAAUUCGAUAAGAUCCUGUACAAUGAACUGAACCAUUACAAUGUAGCGACGGGGAAAUUCACCUGCCAUGUGGCUGGUGUCUAUUACUUCACCUACCACAUCACUGUUUUUUCCAGGAACGUGCAGGUCUCUUUGGUCAAAAAUGGGGUAAAAGUCCUGCACACCAAGGAUGGUUAUAUGAGCUCUGAGGACCAGGCCUCUGGUGGCAUUGUGCUGGAGCUGAAGCUCGGGGAUGAGGUGUGGAUGCAGGUGAUGGGAGGCGAGAGGUUUAAUGGCUUGUUUGCAGAUGAGGAUGACGAUACCACAUUCACCGGCUUCCUUCUGUUCAGCAGCUCUUGACACAAAGGACUCUGCACCUGGGCCUCAUGGAAGGCUCUCAAUGGUGGACAUGGUGCCCCCAGACCUAGCUCAGUGAAGGUGGGGUGCGAUUGUGUCCAUUCCUCCAAUUAUUGCAUCAAUUCCAAAAUGUAGAGGUGGGAAGCUAGUCCUACAAAUCCAGCCAUUUGAACACAUUAAUAAUAAACUCAGAGACACCAACAAUGCAUCAGUGUCUC